AUGCAUUCAAAUCCAAUAAAUUGUGAACGACGAGGGAAAACCUUGAUAAAAACGAGCAAAAACGUGGAAGACUUGGACUUUGAGGGGAAAGUGACGCUUGGUUGGACCAUAAACGAGUCCGAGCAAUCCGUCACGUUCGAAUUGGAGGGCGAGACUGAUGGUUACGUCGGGUUUGGGAUUUCUCCGGAAGGAAAAAUGAGUGGAGCGGAUGUCUUCAUUGGAGGCGUUCGUCCCGAUGGAAGCCCUUACCAUUCGGAAGGCAACAUCAAAAUAAUUUGGGCUCUGGGAGAAAAAGAUGAGAUUGAUUAUCACGGAACGGAAGAGCGUGGCACUAAAAGUGUAGAUUUGUUCAGGAGACCACAAUCUUUCAUCGAUCUGAAUGAGACGGAAAGUUUCGACUUGGCUGUGAACAUGUCACUCCCGCAGGAGGAUGGCACUUACUGGUGCACAUUUCAUGAAGGUCCCGACCUGGAUACGAAACAUCAUGUCGUUGCGUGGAGCGUCAUUCUCGGAGACUCGCACAAGUUUGUCAGUCAUUUAACCAUGUACAAUUGCUCGAUGCACGAGGAUGACUCAUUGGUGGAGACAUUUCAAAAUUUUACAAUCGACAAGUUCCCAGGGUCGAAUUGCAUGGCGGAUUUCAAGGAGGAAGAAAGUAGUGAUGUUGUCGCACCACUGGAAUUCUGUACAGAAAUGUUGUACACGUGGUCAAAGGGGAAUACGGAACUCUAUUUCCCUGCGGACAUCGGAUUUGCUAUUGGCAAUGGGGUAGAACCGUCUCAUUACAUGCUUGAGAUCCGUUUCAGGAAUCCUGAAUCACUUCCAGAUGUAAAUAUUAGAGCUGGAAUUAAAGUGCAUUACAAUAAAAAACUUCGGCCCUUAGAAGCUGGACUGUUGUGGGUAGGACAAGACACAAACUUGGGUUUGGUAGUGCCCCCAAGCGUAGAAUAG